GCCCCGCCCCUCCGGCCGGUGGCGCCAUCUUCCCGGCUGCGGGAGGGGUCACAGGUCAGUGCCGGAGCCUCGCGGCGAGGGAAGGAGGACGGAGUGGGAGCUCUGACCGGCCGUGGCGGUCACGUCCCGCCGGGUGCCUUUUCCUCGGGGCAGCCCAAGCUUCUCCAAGAGGACAAUGGAUUCUGGAAGUCGCCCAGGUGGGAGCUGCUGUAGCAGCCCUGCAGGACUCUCACGCGAAUACAAGCUAGUGAUGCUGGGCGCCGGUGGUGUGGGGAAAAGUGCCAUGACCAUGCAGUUCAUCAGCCACCGAUUCCCAGAAGAUCAUGACCCCACCAUCGAAGAUGCUUAUAAAAUCCGGAUCCGUAUUGAUGAUGAGCCUGCCAAUCUGGACAUUUUGGAUACGGCUGGACAGGCAGAGUUUACAGCUAUGCGAGAUCAGUAUAUGAGGGCAGGAGAAGGGUUUAUCAUCUGUUAUUCUAUCACUGAUCGUCGAAGUUUCCAUGAAGUUCGGGAGUUUAAACAGCUUAUUUAUCGAGUUCGUCGGACUGAUGAUACACCUGUGGUUCUUGUGGGAAACAAGUCUGACCUAAAGCAGCUAAGACAGGUCACCAAGGAAGAAGGAUUGGCUUUGGCCCGGGAAUUCAGCUGUCCCUUUUUUGAGACCUCUGCUGCCUACCGCUACUACAUUGAUGAUGUAUUCCAUGCCCUUGUGCGGGAGAUACGUAGGAAAGAAAAGGAGGCAGUACUGGCCAUGGAGAAAAAAUCGAAACCCAAAAACAGCGUAUGGAGGAGACUGAAAUCACCCUUCCGGAAGAAGAAAGAUUCUGUAACUUGAAGGGAAGCUGUGGAGUGUUUAUCUGUGACCUGCACUGCCUGAUCAGAGCAGUCCAGUAACCUGCGUUAGUGAGCGUGGUGCUUGCUCUUUCUCCUGUUAGGACCGUUAUUUUAAAAGUAACUGAUGAAGGGGACAUGCCUACUAGAGGUUUUCAAUGAUGUGGUAUUUAAAAUAUUGUCUCUUAGCUAAUUCUGAUUUAUUAACCCGGUGGAGCACUGUCUACUUUUAAAUUGUCUCAUUAGAAUUUGAUCACCCAUGUUUUGGGUUCUGUUGCUGAUAUUAAUUAGUUAAUGUAAAUUGUUUAUACCCAGGGGAAUAUGUAUGCCAUAUGUGUUUGACUAAGCUCACAAGAGGAAUUUUUUGCCGUGCACUACUCCAUGUUAUCUUUCAACUCCAGUUUCCUGGGACUAUCCCAGAGAAGGACCUCAGUCUUUUCUAUUCACACUGUGCUUCCUAGAGACAGAACAAAAACCCUGUAGGGAAAUCCAUGCUAAAGAGAUUGGUGUUAACGUUCAGCAAAUAGCGGUGGAACUGACUCCUGUUGCAGAUUGUAGAGUGAUGAGAUCUGGGGAGAUCAGGCUGUAUGUUUGCAGGAACUUGGCUAGAAAAAGGUAGGAUCAGAACAGUGUUCCCAGUACGAACCUGGCUUUUCUAAGAAGUGCACAUUUGACCCAAAUGCACUGGGAUGGAUAAGACAAACAGAAGCAUAUCAAAUGUAAUGAAGGUUUCUCCUAUGAGGUUAUUUUACUCCUCCUUUCAGGGUUUGCCUUUCUUUAGCUUCAAAGGUAAACACUUUGGGAACUAUUACUGGAUUACUAAACUCUUGUUUAAUCUAAAUCCCUGGUUGGAACAGCCAUUGCCUUGUACAGGUUUAUCUUUUCCCUGGAUAUGCAUGCAUCAAUACAUUUACAAUAAUUGCUUCCUCGUGCUUUCCCUGAGCUUCCCUGUGCUCCUUUGAAGAUAUAGCCCUGGCAGAAUGGUUUUUAGACCCUUUGUCAGACUGACUGCAUUUUCCACAUGGAAGAGACAUCAGGAGUUUGAGUAAUUGUGUAUGUGCCUCCUUGAUGUUGACAAUCACUAGACUCAGUGCUCUAAGAAAGCCCUUGGUAUUUCUGUUUAAUGAGCCAGUCUUGAAGCUUUAAAAUUCCCAUAUGUUGAGUUUCUCAUUGAAGAUUUCUUUACAAAGACAUUGCUGAGUUCACCUCAGGGUUGUCUGAGCCUUAACAAAGCUUAGCCUAAGAGAAUACCACUUCAAUACCUGUGCGUAGUUGAGAAACUGUUGUCCUGGGAAGAAACAGCUUUAAAUAUUGGUGGUAAGCUCUCUCUUCUAGAAUCAGGAUUGUUUUGAUAUCUGAACUUGUUAUAUGUGGAGAUUAAGUGCAAAAGUGCUAAGAGUAAUGUGUGUCACUAAAGCAGUGUUUGUGUCCACUUUAAACUCUAAGAACAUGACUUUGUGUAGCACCUCUUAAAAGGGCACAGCUCAACUUACUGUUUUCCAUUUUUAUUACAGGCAGAAGGACAGGGUUGUUAUGUUUUUCCUUAUAAUCAAUGGUAUAUGCCCUAGGUUUAAAGAAAAGUGAUGGUUGUAACUCUUAGCUGAGUAGUGGUCCCUGUUCAAACUCCUGGAAAUGUUUUUGCUACCAAAUAAAUCAUGUUUUAUGGUACUCAAGCCAUCCAGAAGUGAAAGGCCCAGAAUUUGAAUCUAUGCAGGACAAAAAUCUUGCAGGAAUCAAAGCACUUUGGAGAAGCAUGAAAAGAAAUACAGUGCAAUUCUGUUUUAACAGUAUUUCACCACAUUUAAACUAGCUUGGAGCCUUUUAAGUUUAAUGCCUUAACUUCUCAUUACUAGUGACCUACGGAAUUGUUAUUAGCAUCAAGCAGGAAGUUGACAGCUAUAUCAUUAUUUGAGAUAGUCAAGGCAGCAGACAACAUUGCUAGAAGGAAAGAUCUGUAAGACAGGAGGGAAUUGGUAUUGUAUAUAAGAAAAAUAACAAAUUAGUGUUUUUAAGACUAUCACUGUCAUAUAUUUGAUUGUUGGAUUAAUUAGCCCAUUAAUUAGUAUUAAGAAUUCUAUUCAUGGUGCUAAAUAGUUUGAGGGGUAUAAAAUGUCUUAAGUCAUAGCUCUAUUCUUAGUGAUCAUAUGGUGUAUGUAAUUUAUAAGCUCUAAGUAGUCAGCUUUAUCCAAUUUGAGGGCAUUAAAAUCAAUUACUGCCUGGAACUUUGAAGAGAAAAAUUCAGGGACAAGUUGAAAAGCACUGGAACUGUUCAUGUCCAUACUAGAUUGGUAAAUUGCAAAAUUUAGAAGCUAGCCUUUAGAAUUAGCUGUUUAGAAUUCAGAAAGGGAUAUAUGUCUUAACUUCGUGAUAUAUUAGCAAAAAUUGGUCUACUGUGAUGUUUGGGGAGGAGAGGGGAGAGAAAAGUUUUUCCCUUAUGCACUUGUAUAUGAAGAUGGUUUGUAUGACACAAUACAAAACUUUUAAACAACUUGUUGGGCUUUUCCUUUACUUACCUAUGUCUGGGUAGAAAUGUUUGGAAUCAUCGCAAAGGAUCAUUUUAAGAAAAAAAUUUAAUACCAUGAGAUUUUACAUUCUGGAAAAUAUUGAUUUAAAAAAAUUGAAUGCCCAGCAUGUACAGAACACCCUUGUCAAGUGGUAGGGAGCAGGCCAUGGAAUGCCCCUUCGUUCAGAGGUUACCUCUUUGGUGGAGAGACAGGAAAAACUCAUUGAAAAUGAUAGCCCAUUUGCCACCUGAUCAAGAGUUAAUGUUUGAAGUAUGUAUACUAAAUGUGAGAGAAUGAGGAAUAAUUUUUUCUGUGAAAGUCAUUUCUUUUAUCAUCACUACUAUAAAUGGGCAUCAGUGUUGGUAGAGAGGACUUAGUUUGGACGUUAAGGGAAUGUAUUUUUGUGUCUUCAUUAUUUAACAUUUAUUGAGUGGGUCAGUAACUGUCAGUGUGGUCCACCAUUGAAAUGGGCAAUGGAGGAAAUAUAAAAUAUCCCUGAUCGUGAGCUCUGGUAAAAUUUGCAUAUACAAAACAACUGGAGGUCAAUCUUAAGGUAGUAGAUUAUGUGCUUCAGACUGGGAAUGUUGUAGGAAUUCAGAGAGGGAAGGAAUUAGUAUGGCUGGAGCUGACUCGAAUAGCUAAUGGGAGCUAAAGCUCCUGGUAAAUACUCGUAGUCUUGUACUUUUUCCAAACUCAAUCUUGAGAAGGGUGAGAUGUAGAAAAAUUUGAAGUCUUAUUUUUUAUGAGUCCUUAUUAACUUUGACAAGCACUUGGCUUUAAAAGAUGGUUCAAUACUGAAAAUAGAUUUGCAGUAAUCCUGGAUUUGCUCAAGCUUCAAAUUAAAGUUUAUUUUCAAAUUGUUCUUCCCACAUUUCAGCAGCUCAGCUGGAACUGAAACUUAGGUGGUAUUACCAUACAGGGAAGUAGUUGGAAAUCCUAGUUCUCUGACUAAAAAGAGUAUCACCCUGUGCUCUAAAUGUUCUCACUGCACGAAUUAAUUUUGUCUUUCUCCCCUUUUUCCCCACUAAGAAUUGCUGUGAAUUAAUUAGGUAUAGCAUAAAUUAUAAUAAAUAAAUUAAGAAAA